GCCCCGACGCCUUCCCGCCCACCCGCCACCACAAGCCAGGGCUGGCACUGGGAUCUCUGCCCCUGGGAUCCUGAACCACCGCACAGCCUUGCAGAACUUUGCAGUGACCACAGAGAAGCACACAGUGCUAAAGGAGAAAUACAAACCAGGCACAGCCAUGGAGAACUUGAAUGUCCUGGUCUCAGAUCUUACUGAAGAGCAGCAAGACAUGUUCCAGAGGGUUUUUACUGCUGAUGCCAAUUACUUGGAGAAUCACGAGAAAACGAACCAGUCCUUUUGGGAAUCACUUGUAAAAUGUUUAGCCACCACUGACCCACCUAUCCUGAAUACUGAAGAAAAGAACAAUCUCCUCAACAGCUGCGAUGUCCUGCCUGGGGGCUGUGCUGCCUGCCUGAAAGCCAUAGAGAAGAAAGGAGUCAGGGCAAUGGCUGUUCUUUACCUCUUGCUGAAGGCAUCCAAUCCAUCUGGAUACAGACAGCUGCCCAGCUCCAAGGGAAAGGAUGAAAAGUUGAAACUCCUGAAGAGACUGGAAAGGAAUCUUGUACUUUCACAGGAGGAACAAAAGGCUGAAAAUUCAUCCCAUGAAUCCAUGGAUGAAGAUACACAAGACAGUGAUGAGGAAGAUUUAGGAAGACAGAAGACUGAAGGCCAAUUACUUGGAGGCACACCAGCAGAGAUGGUUCCCUACAGAGAUUCAGAGAUUACCAGAAGAGAAGAUUCAAUUGCAGAUGCAUAUGAGAACCAGAGCACUCCCCACACUCAGUGGGCAGUUCGGUGGAUGGGCAUACGGAAGGAUGAUGAAUUCUUUCAUUUUGUCAUUCUUUGCUUUGCAAUUGGAGCUUUACUAGUUUGCUACUACUACCACCAAGAUUGGACUAUUUCUCUUGGAAUUGGUUUAAUCACCUUUGCUUCCCUGGAAACCACUGGGAUAUACUUUGGUCUAGUGUAUCGGAUUCGGAGCGUCCUUGACAGCUUUGUUCCUCUGAUUGACAAAUUCAGGCCAAGAGGUGUGAGGAAAGCUGCGUAGGAGGAACGUUUCAGGAGAGUUCCACAAACCAUGCUGUCUGAAUUCUCAGUACUAGAAGAACUGCUUUAUGAGGUGAACCUAAAAACUGAAUGGCCAAUGUGAAAUAUUGAAAUGUCAAACCACUGAAAGACAUCACUCCUUCCCCUCAAAAAUAAACCUGAAACAGGGGUACAGGGCCCAUUCUUGCUUCUGAAGGGGUUUGUGGCUCAGCAAAGCUCAAACACAAACCAACGUCUAGACCGUGAUUGCCUUAAUUCCAUUAAAUAUGAACACAUUCUCCAUGUGAUUCUGCCUGUGGUGCAUCAAAAUCAACAAAAUGUCCUGUGCUGGUUCUGGAUGAGGCUCUGGAUGUUUCAGUAGGAAUCCUGGCAGCCCCAGAGGCACCUCCUCCUCCCUCCCUGUGAUGCCCAGAGCAGGCAGCCGUGGUGCUGCUCUCCCAGCUGAGCCCCAGCAGUGCAGCAGAGCUGAGGCAGAUUAACUGUGGCAGAACUCGGAGCAGUGGGCGGGCAAGGAUUGCACCUAGGGAGAGCUGGGGAGAUGUUACAUGCACUGACAUAAUGGUGCAGUAAUGAGAUUAUUAACAACAGCAAAUUUCAUCUCUUCUCCUGAGGGGAAAAAAUAAAGUGCUUGAUUUGACUCAC